AUGCUUGCUGAGUCUGACCCUGCCACGACACCCGGGGCUGAGGCCGCCGUCUUCCCGGUCAAAGAAGGCGAGACGGUGGUGGCAGACCGUGAGCUGGAGAGCGGCCCACACCAGCCGUAUCGACCCACCAAAUGGCAGAGCAACUUGACUAUCAUCAGCUGUUACAUUGCCAAUUUCAGCGACGGGUUCCAGAACCAACUGGCCAACCCCACCAAUGUCAUUUUCGCCGACCUGCUGGGCAAGUCCGGCUAUCCCGCCGAGAUGAAGACGCGCAUCAGCAACUCCCUGAUCAUCGGGGCCAUCCUGGGCGUGCUGGUGCUGGGAUACGUCUCGGACAUGAUCUCGCGCCGCGCCGGACUGCUUUUUACCUCUGGCCUGGUGACUGUGAGCACCCUGAUGGCCACCGUCGCGCUGGACGUGCACCCCUCCACCAACAUGCUCUGGUACUUUGUCAUUGUGCGGGGGAUUUGUGGCUUUGGCGUUGGCGGCGAAUAUCCCCCCAGUGCCGCCGCGGGGCUCGAAGAAUCCGAUGACUUCAAUCGCCGCUACCGCGGCCCCGUCUUCGUCAGCUUCACCACCCUCAUGGCCACGCUCGCCGCUCCCAUUCUCAUGAUCAUCUAUUUGAUCUGCCUGAAAGCCAGCAACGACAACCUCCGCAUCACCUUUCACGCGAUCUACGCCCUGGCCACCCUCCUGCCGGCCACCAUCAUGGUCCUGCGCUACUUCAUGACCGACUCCACCCUCUACCAUAACAGCAACUUCAAGCACCAGCGCAAGCCCCUCCGCUUCUACUGGUUGCUGGCGCGCCGCUACUGGCGCCGGCUGUUCCUCACCUCCCUCGCGUUUUUCCUGUACGAUUUCAUCAACUUCCCCAACAGCAUCAUGUCCAGCAGCAUCAUCGCCUCGCUGGUCAAGGACGGGAACCUCCAGACCACCGCGCAGUGGCAGGUCAUCCUCGCCGUCCUCCCGGUGCCGGGGGUGGUGGUGGGCGCAUACCUCACCCAGGCGAUCGGGCGCCGGUGGACGGGGAUCGCGGGGUUCGCGGGCUACGUCGUGCUCGGGUUUGUCAUCGGCGGGUGCUACACCCGGCUGUCGGAGCACAUCGCGGCCUUCGUCGUGCUGUACGGGUUGCUGCAGGCGUUCGGGCAUAUGGGCCCCGGGGCGACGAUCGGGCUGAUCAGCAGCGAGUCGUUUCCCACGGCGAUGCGGGGGAUGGGGUACAGUGUGAGCACCGCGUUUGGGCGCACGGGGGCGGCGGUGGGGACGCAGUCCUUUACUCCCCUGCAGGAGGCGGCGGGGGAUAGUGCAACCUUCUAUCUGUUGGGGGCCAUCGCGGUGUUGGGGGCGCUGGUGUACUGGUUUUUGCCGGAGAGUGGGGAGUUGGAUCUCGAAAGGGAGGAUCGGGAGUUGGAGCGGUGGUUGGGGAUGCAUGGGUUUGCGAUGGAGAAGAAACAGUGAUCAGAC